UGCGAGUUCAUUGAAAAAGCUUCAGAGAUCCGUCGCGGGACGCGGUUUCUACAGCUGCUAACAACCGCCGACAUGCCGAACUGGGGAGGUGGCAACAAGUGCGGGGCGUGCCAGGGGACGGUGUACCAUGCCGAGGAGGUCCAGUGUGAUGGGAAGAGCUUCCACAAGUGCUGCUUUCUCUGCAUGGUCUGUAGGAAGGGACUGGACAGCACCACUUUGGCCAUCCAUGACAAAGAGAUCUACUGCAAGUCCUGCUACGGGAAGAAGUACGGUCCCAAGGGCUACGGUUACGGUCAGGGCGCAGGGACCUUGAACAUGGACCGGGGAGAGAGGCUUGGGAUCAAACCGGAAGAGACUCAGGGCCAUCGGCCCACCACCAACCCCAACCCUUCCAGGUUCGCCCAGAAGUUCGGCGGGUCGGAGAAGUGCGCUCGCUGCGGGGAGUCGGUGUAUGCUGCUGAGAAGGUCAUGGGGGCGGGCAAGCCCUGGCAUAAGAACUGCUUCCGGUGCGCCAAGUGUGGGAAGAGUUUGGAGUCCACCACCCAGACAGAGAAGGACGGAGAGAUCUACUGUAAAGCUUGUUAUGCUAAGAACUUUGGCCCCAAAGGAUUUGGCUACGGUCAAGGGGCGGGUGCCCUCGUCCACGCACAGUGAUGAAUCAUAUCUCCAACGCCCAUCAGGAACAUUGUCGCUUUGUAAAUUUCUUUCAGACUGUAGACACCAGUUUUUCUUAACCUAACAGACUUGCUUUAUUCCACUAGAAUUGGAUGGGAUGGGAUUUACUGUACAAAAAUUAGGUUGGCCUUUUGUCUUUUUGUUGUGCAAUUAAUAAAGAUUUUCCAGAACACA